CUCGCUGAUCAAUAAAACAUCAAUCUUCAUAUAACACGCUCAUUAACUUCUCGUUAGAUUUCCCACUGGCAGAUCUUUUCUUACUUCGCUCCACUCAGUCACUCGUGCUCGUCGAAGGUGAAAAGUAUAUCUGCUCCCUCUCCUCCGCGCAACUUAGCCUUUCUCCUUCCUUCUUCUCUCUCUCUCUCUCUCCCUCUCUUUCUCUCUCUCUCUCUCUCUCCGUUGCUCUCUUUGUCAAUCAGCUCGCUCCGUUACUUCGGGGCAAGUAUCGCGCGAAGACGACUCGCUUGUGGGAUCGGCUCGGCUUGGCACGGACGUCGGAACGCAUUAGUGCGCUUCGAACGCUUUCUACCGGAGUGUCCUCUCUGCCGCUGCCGCGUACCGUACACUGUGAAACUGUCCCUCUUCCGCGUAUCACGGAAACUCGACCGUCGCCAUCUUAGCACUAAACGCGCGCGGGCGCGAAUGAGCGAGCGGAAUUGCACCUUUGAAAAGAACAUAAACGUCAAUCUUCAGAUCUUUCCGUUUCGCGCAUCACGCAACUCGGAACCUGCGACUGCGAUUGUACCUGUACUGUAACAAUCCGUCGACUGGAGCCUUACGGACGGAGUUGCCUUGAGAUUUUCUCAUGUGUCGCCCUUGACGAAGGGCGCAUCAAAAGCAAUUUCACGUGAUUUACGUUGGAGGUUCAGCGAUUGAUGAAAAACGUAUAAUUAGUGCAAUACGUGUUUCAUUUCAUCUAACCGAGUUUGAAAACGCGAGUGGCCAUCAAAAUGAUUAAUUGACCGACGGGACUUUUCGAAAUCCUGGUGAUAUAUUUCACACCUGUGAAGAAUUGGCCAUCGAUAUUGUUAUCAGUGAUAUCUCCCAGUGGACCAUGUUGGAAUUCUCCGUACAACAUGCCGAAGUUGCAUUUUCCACAGCCACCGAGGAUGUGGGGGAUGAGCCCCAAGGGCACGAGAACGAUACCGAUCCAUACUCGUUGUCGCAUCUCGAUCCGCCUACCGGUAGUAUCUACAUGAUAGGUGGAGUGCUGAUCGCUAUGGUUCUGGUGGGCGUCUUGAUCGUCUUGCUCGCUGUAACGAUCAGCAAGCUGCGAAAGCGCGAGGACCAUCACUCAAGCGUGGACGCGGUGCACCCCGAAGCGGUGGUACAGACAGCGACGUCGCUUGCGACGCUCGGGGCACCGGCGACGCUCGGGGCACCAGACGGUUGCUGCACGCAGAUGUCCACGACCACCAUGUCGACCGACCUCGGCAACAGCGUUUGCGACGAGCAUGUAUUCGCGACGACGGUGACGCCGUCCGCCAAUCCAGUUGAUCCGUUCGCGUGGCAAUUCCCGCCCCCGUACCCUCCCCCCCACAUGCCGCCGGCGCAGUACACGUUGUACAACGAUCAGGUUGGUAUACACCUUGAUACCCUCGUACACGCUUUGCCGUCGGACCGGCCUGGAUUUGCGAAGGGCUUCCGCAAGAACCUUGGUGGACGCUGGCGUCGAUUAGUGAAGCGUAAAGCAGAGACAGAUACCUGUGCCAUUCCCCCCGAGCUGAAGGAUCAGUUGAAAACUAUUUACGUCUAUUGACGGCCAAAAGUCUGUCCGAAAGCCUGAAAACCCCGAAGAGGAAUCUGAAAAUUAUCAAUAAAAACACGAUGAGUAUUGGUAAAAGCAAGAAGAGGCUCUAGUCAAGAAAUCAAGGAGAAACGUGGAAGAGAUUGAAAUGAAAAGAGGAAUUAGGGAAGACGUAAAGAGAUUUAACAAAACUGAAUGAUGGAAACAUAAAAGGAGCGGGCAUAAAGAUGAAAAAAAGUUUGGGAAGCGUAUAAAAAGACCGAAAUAUAAAGAGAUAGAAGAAAUUUCGGGGAAGGAAUAGGCAUAAAUACAGGAACUGAUCUGGCCAAUAGUCGACAUAUCAAAAAGUGUGCCUGAAGAGGAUGCAACGAAGUGCCUUCUUUUAUUCCACAAGCGCCUUCUCAUGAGACUGAUACCGCAAAGAAACCGCGAUUGGUACGAACAUGGGUGCGACAAAGCAAGUUACCUCGUAGCUUCUGCGCAAUUAAAAGCCGACAAAUCGUCGUAUUUCGAAUAAUUAAUUAGCAUUAGUGCGUCGACUGGACUUAUGGAAGAUACAAGCGGUAUGCGAUCGAUCGUUCGGCCAAUUUUCGGGAUUCCGCAAAAAUACGAUUCUUUACCUUUAGUUAAUCAUGAUCAAAUUUCAAUUUUUACAGCUUCGGCGAAUUUGAAAUCGCAAUCUCAAAGGAGAAAUUUAACUAUAAAACUAAAUUAUUAUUUGUUAAAAAAGAAAAUCAACGUAUUUUUCUACUAAAGUACAAACUAGUUGUAUACUGAAUGAGAAGACUUGCAGCUGCAUCGUGCAUUGUAUCACGCUUUUCAGCAGCACAACGAAACUGACAAUAGUCCAUACUUUAUCCAAUAUAGGUAUAUAAAGCAUCGUUCAAAGCUAAAAUAGAUUAGAUAAAUUAUAAUUUUAAAAAGUCCUUGAAUAAUGAUUUUGUAUUUAAAGUGUACUUCACGGAUGAAACAAGCUUGAUCCACUUUGUCUUUACACGCAUACGUGAAUUUUUUUCUUAGACAUCUCCCGAUUCAUCUUGUACGAAUAAAGUCGAUCGCUUCCGCUAUCUCGCUCCCGUAGUUGGUUUCGAGGCCGCCGACGUCAAACUGUGUAAAUAAAAUGUAGCGAUCUCUCUGGACAAAAGUCCGCGGGAUUUAUGAUUUAAUCAACGAAUGGGCUUUCGUGUUCCUAAAAAUCCUCAGGGGUCUAAAGGAGGUUCUAGGAUUCGAGAAUCUGAAGAGCCUCCCGCCGUCAGAACGGAAUGCGGCGCCUCG